CAAGUCAAUCAUGAAGUGGAAUGCAUAUAGUUUGUGGUUGACUAGGCCUGCCUGCCACAACCAGCCAUAACCACUACCAGUUUCAUUCUCUACAGUGAUAAAACGUCUGGCGAGAGCAUUGAAACACAGAAGAGCGGAUAGAUUGAAUAAAGCAAAGAUGAGAGCCUCUGAAACACCUGAGCUAUUGCUCUAACCGCUAAUGCAACUACCCUGUGUUACGGUGAGACUCGUAUUACUGGCUCCAUCGAUGACGCAUGGCCCAGCAUACGCAUAUAAUUAUACCUACCAACCUGCAGAUGAACCAUCGCUUGAGAAAUGUGUCAAAUUUGCUUGAUUUGAAGUAUUUUUGCUUGAAAAUACUGUGUGUCCAUUCAAAAUGUAUAGGCAUGGUGCAUCUCAGGUAAGCACAAAAAAGAGGGAUUUUCUGGUGUUUGCUUUUCAUAUAAUAAUAGUACUUCAUAUUGUAUAUAGAGGCAGCGGGGUUGCAUUCUAUGGUGCUGUAUUAGAGUACUCCGUAAAUGAGUGAGCGGUAGCAAAUUAGUUAGGAAUGCGGAAAGUUGUAAAUGAGAGGGUCUUAACAUUGUUGGCAUAGCUAUUUGCUGAUCUGGAAACCAGGGAAGACUCAAAGUCACUAUUGUUGCAAGGCACACCAAAAAGGCUCCUCAGAUCAGCCAGCACCUACGACUUGUGUGUACAAGACAUGGCAAGACAACUACAGCUCUCAACCUCUCACUCUCGCAGAGCACUGCAAACUGCUGCUCGACUCCAGCCAUUUGUCUUGUCUGGAGUGACUCAGACAGGAAGGAAGCUCGGGGAGGGAUCCUACGGAUGCGUGGAGGAAUUGAAGGUCAAUGGACUCGUUUGCGCCGGUAAGAGAAUGUUCGAUGUUCUAGUCAACUCUGAAAACGAAGGGGCCGACCGCAUGAUCGAGAAAUACUACGAGGAGUGUCAGCUUCUGUCGAGUCUCCGUCAUCCCAACAUUGUCCAGUUCCUGGGCAUCUGUUUCCUGGAGACCCAGUCUGCCUCCACUGUCAACCUCCCUGUUCUGGUCAUGGAGAUGCUGCAGGGAAGUCUGGACCACCUCCUGGAGAACACUCCCGACAUUCCCCCCGCCAAGAAGGUCUCCAUCCUGCAAGACGUGGCCAGGGGGCUUGUCUACCUGCACAGCCGCAGUCCAGCCGUCAUCCACCGAGAUCUGACAGCCAGGAACGUCCUGCUCAACUCGGCAAUGGUGGCCAAGAUAGCCGACAUGGGUAACUCGCGGAUGGUGGACAUGCAACCAGGCCAGCUGGCAAGGACCAUGACACAAGGAGUGCCUGGUACUGCAGUGUACAUGCCUCCAGAGGCCUUUGAACUGCCUCCCAAGUACGGGCCACAGUUGGACAUGUUCUCGUUUGGUCAUCUGGCCCUCUUCACGGUAACCCAGCAGUUCCCCGGAGACCUUCUACCCUCCACCUACCAAGACCCACGUUCGCGUCGACUGGUGCCACGAAAUGAGGUGGAGCGACGCAGCAGGUACAUGGAGAGUGUUGGAAGGAUGCUGGGCAGGUCUCACGAGCUGGUCCAGCUGAUCACUCAGUGUCUGGACUUUGCUCCAGCGUCAAGACCCACAGCCUCAGAGGCCAUGGACAGACUCCAACACAUCAGCUCCAGUAUCCACGAUGUCUACCACUCCAUGACACGUCUUCAACUGGAGAAGGCUCUUGCUCAGUCUAGGAAAGAUUCAACAGAGUUUGUGUUAAUGCAAUGUCUGGAGACACGGGAGAGUAAACUACUGCUGGAACUGAAGACGGUGAAUGGAGCCUUAGAGAAGCAGCUGAAAGUUGUUACAGGAGAAAAUAACGUGAAAGUUGCUGGAUUGAAUUACAAUAGAAAAAGGGGAGGAGUUGAGGGAAACAAAACAGAAGUCAUGAUCCUGGUAUCAGUAGGUGAUGAGUAUCCAGCUGAUUUGGUGGUCAGUAAAAGAAUCAAAAAUCCAUCUCUUGCUGAAAAGGCCACAAAAAUGUUUGGUUCUCUCCCAGUCAUAGUACCAGGUCUACAUGAAGAAGCUGCUGCAGAUCUGAUGGCUGCUGCUAGCACUCAACUUAAAAGUCCUAACUUGUCGGUGGUCCAGAUACUCGUUGAUGUUCCAAUGAUGCAGAGAUCGAAGCAGUACUACCUCAAGAAGAUCGAGACAUUCUUUCAGAAUUGCAAGGAACAAGCUGCUAUUCUGUAUUAUCUUGGCAACAGUGAGAAAACCACAGGGAACUGGUGUUUCAAAGAUGGAACCAUCAGCUUCCAAGAGAUCUUCAACAUCAGGGCUUCCUCUGUAAAGGUUCUUAACAUUAUGUCAGACUGCAGCUACUCGGGGCAGUGGGUGAGGGAGUGUGCAAGGACACUAGACAGUCUCCACAUCCCUCCAUGCGGACACAGAGCCAUGGAAAAUGGAGCAAUGGUCAAAGUAUUUGCAAUGUGUCAGCCAGACCAAGAGGCAGCAGAGCCUUGCUACUCCACAGAGGGAGUGAUCGUCACACCCGAUAGAUUAAUACUGUUAAGUUCGAUGAAACUCACUCAUCAAAAGCCAAUAUGGUUCAACAGCACAAAGCUGGUUUGCUGCAGAGGCCCAGACUCUCCAUGUCCCAAGGCCACAUUCCAACACCUGACAUGGGAGAAUGCAGUGGACAGGUCCACCAACGUACAACUGGUUAAGAGAAGAGAGGGGCAAAGGGAUAUGUGGUACUACCUAAUACUGCAUCGAGCAGGAGACGUCUAUCGUGAGGAGUUCCAGUCUCGCCACAGGAGAGAUCCCAGUCUACGACUCAGUGACUGGGGCUACAUACUGGAGUCUGGGGAGGGACGUAAUCCCCCACAAGAAGUUAAGGAGAAGGUUUUGAAUUGGACUUAUAUGCACACCAAAAAGGUUCCUCAGAUCAGCACCUACGACUUGUGUGUACAAGACAUGGCAAGACAACUACAGCUCUCAACCUCUCACUCUCGCAGAGCACUACAAACUGCUGCUCGACUCCAGCCAUUUGUCAUGUCUGGAGUGACUCAGACAGGAAGGAAGCUCGGGGAGGGAUCCUACGGAUGCGUGGAGGAAUUGAAGGUCAAUGGACUCGUUUGCGCCGGCAAGAGAAUGUUCGAUGUUCUAGUCAACUCUGAAAACGAAGGAGCAGACCGCAUGAUCGAGAAAUACUACGAGGAGUGUCAGCUUCUGUCGAGUCUCCGUCAUCCCAACAUUGUCCAGUUCCUGGGCAUCUGUUUCCUGGAGACCCAGUCUGCCUCCACUGUCAACCUCCCUGUUCUGGUCAUGGAGAUGCUGCAGGGAAGUCUGGACCACCUCCUGGAGAACACUCCCGACAUUCCCCCCGCCAAGAAGGUCUCCAUCCUGCAAGACGUGGCCAGGGGGCUUGUCUACCUCCACAGCUGCAGUCCAGCCGUCAUCCACAGAGAUCUGACGGCCAGAAACAUCCUGCUCAACUCGGCAAUGGUGGCCAAGAUAGCCGACAUGGGUAACUCGCGGAUGGUGGACAUGCAACCAGGCCAGCUGGCAAGGACCAUGACACAAGGAGUGCCUGGUACUGCAGUGUACAUGCCUCCAGAGGCCUUUGAACUGCCUCCCAAGUACGGGCCACAGUUGGACAUGUUCUCGUUUGGUCACCUGGCCCUCUUCACGGUAACCCAGCAGUUCCCCGGUGACCUUCUACCCUCCACCUACCAAGACCCAUGUUCGCGUCGACUGGUGCCACGAAAUGAGGUGGAGCGACGCAGCAGGUACAUGGAGAGUGUUGGAAGGAUCCUGGGCAGGUCUCACGAGCUGGUCCAGCUGAUCACUCAGUGUCUGGACUUUGCUCCAAUGACAAGACCCACAGCCUCAGAGGCCAUGGACAGACUGCAACGCAUCAGCUCCAGCAUCCACGAUGUCUACCACUCCAUGACACGUCUUCAACUGGAGAAGGCUCUUCAACAGUCAGACAUUAGGAAAGAAACAACAGAGUUCGUGCUAAUGCAAGGUCUGGAGACACUGGAGAGUAAACUACUGCUAGAACUGAAGACGGUGAAUGGAGCCUUAGAGAAGCAGCUGAAAGGUUCUACAGGAGAAAAUAACGUGAAAGUUGCUGGAUUGAAUUACAAUAGAAAAAGGGGAGGAGUUGAGGGAAACAAAGCAGAAGUCAUGAUCCUGGUAUCAGUAGGUGAUGAGUAUCCAGCUGAUUUGGUGGCCAGUAAAAGAAUCAAAAAUCCAUCCCUGACAAAAAAGGCCACAAAAAUGUUUGGUUCUCUCCCAGUCAUAGUACCAGGUCUUCAUGAAGAAGUUGCUGCAGAUCUAAUGGCUGCUGCUAGCACUCGACUAAAAAGUCCUAACUUGUCAGUGGUCCAGAUACUCGUGGAUGUUCCAAUGAUGCAGAGAUCGAAGCAGUACUACCUCAAGAAGAUUGAGACAUUCUUUCAGAAUUGCAAGGAACAAGCUGCUAUUCUGCACUAUCUGGGCAACAGCGAGCAAGACACCGGGAACUGGUGUUUCAAAGAUGGAACCAUCAGCUUCCAAGAGAUCUUCAACAUCAGGGCUUCCUCUGUAAAGGUUCUUAACAUUGUGUCAGACUGCAGCUACUCGGGGCAGUGGGUGAGGGAGUGUGCAAAGACACUAGACAGUCUCCACAUCCCUCCAUGCGGACACAGAGCCAGGGAGAAUGGGGCAAUGAUCAAAGUAUUUGCAACGUGUCAGCCACAUGAAGAUGCAGCAGAGCCUUGCUACUCCAUAGAGGGAAUGAGAGUCCGAGGCGAUGGAAUAAUAUUAAUCGGUUCGAUUAAACUCACUCAUCAAAAGGCAAUAUGGUUUGACAGCACAAAGUUGGUUUGCUGCAGAGGCCCAGACUCUCCAUGUCCCAAGGCCACAUUCCAACACCUGACAUGGGAGAAUGCAGUGGACAGUUCCACCAACCUACAACUGGUCCAGAGAAGAGAGGGGCAAAGGGAUAUGUGGUACUACCUAAUACUGCAUCGAGCAGGAGACGUCUAUCGUGAGGAGUUCCAGUCUCACUACAGGAGAGAUCCCACUCUACGACUCGGUGACUGGGGCUGCAUACUGGAGUCUGGGGAGGGAUGUAAUCCCCCACAAGAAGUCAAGGAUAAAGUUUUGAAUUGGACUCAUAUCAGUGACUAA